AUGCCUGGGACCUGCCUGCUCACCAUUCGUGUCCUACAGGCUUAUGGCCUGCCCUCGAAGGACCUAGUGACUCCCUCUGACUGCUAUGUGAGUCUGUGGCUGCCCACGGCCAAUAGUCACAGGCUCCAGACACGCACGGUCAAGAACAGCAGAAACCCCAUCUGGAAUCAGAGCUUUCGAUUUCGAAUCCACAGCCAGCUCAAGAAUGUGGUGCAGCUGCAAGUCUUUGACCAGGACCUUCUGACCAAUGAUGACCCCGUGUUGUCGGUGCUGUUUGAUGUGGGGACUUUGCGGGCUGGCGAGUUCCGCAGAGAGAGCUUCUCCCUGAACCCUCAGGGUGAGGAGCGGCUAGAAGUUGAAUUUCGGCUGCAGCGACUAACCUGGGAGCGUGGACUUGUGCUGAGGGUCACUGGUCGCUCUUUCAGGACAGACUGUGCUGAGCAGCUUGUCACCAAUGGCAUUCUGGUGGCCCGGGAGCUCUCUUGCUUGCAUGUUCGACUGGAGGAGGCAGGGGACCAGAAGCAGUCCGGGGGAAGAGUUCAGCUUGUGGUUCCUGGGUCCGGUGAAGGUCCACAGGAGGCCUCUGUGGGUGCUGGCUCCUUCUGCUUUCAUUACCCGGCCUUCUGGGAGCAGGAGCUAAAUAUUCAUCUGCAGGAUGCCCCCCAAGAGGAACUGAAGGUGCCCCUGAGGGCCUUGCCCUCUGGCCAGGUGGUGAGGCUUGUCUUCCCCACAUCCCAGGAACCGCUGAUGAGAGUGGAGCUGAGAAAAGAAGAAGGACCGAGUGAGCUGGCUGUGCGGCUAGGCUGUGGGCUAUGUGCCGAGGAGCAGGCCUUCCUGAGCAAGAGGAAGGAGGUGGUGGCCAAGGCCCUGAAGCAGGCCCUACAGCUUGAUGAAGACUUACAGGAAGAUGAGAUCCCAGUGGUAGCUGUUAUGGCCACCGGUGGUGGAAUCCGGGCAAUGGUUUCCUUGUUUGGGCAUCUGACUGGCCUGAAGGAGCUGGGUCUCUUGGAUUGCAUCUCCUACAUCACAGGGGCCUCUGGCUCCACCUGGGCUUUGGCCAACCUCUAUGAGGACCCUGAAUGGUCUCAAAAGGACUUGGCAGGGCCCAUCGAGUCACUGAGAACACAGGUGACCAAGAGCAAGUUGGGGGUGCUUGCUCCCAGCCAGCUGCAGCGGUACCACCAGGAGCUGGCUGAGCGUGCCCGCCUGGGCCACCCGCCCUGCUUCACCAACCUGUGGGCCCUCAUCAACGAGGCACUGCUGCACAGUGAGCCCCAUGAGCACACACUCUCAGAUCAGAGGCAGGCCCUAAGUCGUGGCCAGAACCCUCUGCCCAUCUACUGUGCCCUUAACACCAAGAAGAACCUGACCACCUUUGAAUUUGCAGAGUGGUGCGAGUUCUCCCCCUAUGAGGUUGGCUUUCCUAAGUACGGUGCCUUCAUCCCCUCCGAGCUCUUUGGCUCUGAGUUCUUCAUGGGGCGCCUGACAAAGCAGCUUCCUGAGUCCCGAAUCUGCUUCCUGGAAGGUAUCUGGAGCAACCUGUAUGCAGCCAACCUCCAGGACAGCUUAUACUGGGCCUCAAACCCUAGCCAGUUCUGGGACCGCUGGGCGCAGGAUCAGGCCAAUUUGGACAAGGAACGGGUUCCUCUUCUGAAGAUAGAAGAGUCUCCCACAGGGGCCGGCAGGAUUGUCGAGUUUUUUACUGACCUUCUGACAUGGCGCCCACUGGCCCAGGCCACCCACAAUUUCCUGCGUGGUCUCCAUUUCCACAAAGACUAUUUCCAACAACCUUACUUCUCCACCUGGAAAGCCACCAAACUGGAUGGGCACCCCCACCAGCUGACACCUGCAGAGCCCCACCUUUCCCUGCUGGAUGUCGGCUACCUUAUCAACACCAGUUUCCCACCCCUUCUGCGGCCCACCCGGGAUGUGGACCUCAUCCUCUCACUGGAUUACAACCUCCAAGGAGCCUUUCAGCAGCUGCAGCUCAUGGGCCGGCUCUGCCAGGAGCAGGGUAUCCCUUUCCCGCCGGUGUCCCCCAGCCCGGAGGAGCAGCGCCAGCCUCCGGAGUCCUGCCUGUUCUCCGACCCAGACCGCCCUGAUGCCCCAGCUGUGCUGCACUUCCCGCUGGUCGAUGACUCCUUUCGGGAGUACUCGGCCCCUGGCAUCCUGCGGACACCAGAGGAGAAGGCAGCUGGGGAGGUGAACCUGUCUUCAUCCGACUCUCCCUACCACUACUCAAAAGUGACCUACAGCCCGGAGGACAUGGACAAGCUGCUCCGCCUGACACAUUACAAUAUCUGCAACAACCAGGAGCAGCUGCUUGAGGCCCUGCGUGGAGCAGUGCAGCGGAGGCAGCAGCGCAGGCAACCCCGGCCGCAGUGAGGGUGCUGUCCCCCUCGCCUCCAGGGCCCUGACACUGUGUCAGACUCAUGCCCCGUCUGCCUGGGUGUUCUGGCAACGUGGGGCAGAGACCGGCAUCUCCAGGGGUUCCAGAACCUCGACGGCCCAGCCCUGGUCCCCUCGCCAUCCAAGGGUCUCCUCCAAGGUAUGUGCCCAGCCCGGCCAAGAAGUGGCCCUGCCACCACUAGCACCCUCUCCACAGACACUUGGGGGUAGGCUGAGGGUUUUAAAAGGGCUGAGCCCUGUCUCCUCAGGCCAGAGGUGGCUUCCUCUUCAAGGAGAGCAUUCAGAGGUGGCCGGAGGUAGACCUGGGGGACAGCGGGCCCUGGCCAGUAUUGACCAUAUUUGCCACAGUGCUCAAAGCUAUGUGACCUUUUUCCUUGCUCCUUUGAAUAGUUGUACACAGUAAAAUAGAGCAGUUUAUACAUCACAGAGGCUCAUAUAAGGUGAGAUGUUAAUGGAUCGUCAUUGCUGCCAAGAAGGGACAGGUUAUUCCAAGCUCUUGGUUACACACAGCAGGGACUGGUUUGAACAUCAUCUCCGCGGGUACCUCCCUGGGCUAGAGCGCAAAGCAUCUGCUCAAGGCCAUGUCUGCCAGGCCGGAGCCCCCCUUUCCAAGCAGGGGGGAGGCCAGGUUGGUCUGCAGGGGGUGGCGGGUCUCUGCUAAUGGAACCCUGGCCGUGCACAGAUAAGCAGACUCACCAGCAGUGACACAGCACCCCUGUGCCAUGGUGGGGGCGGCCAACCCUGGGAUCAGAGGAGCCAGAGACGAGCCCCAAUGGCUUAACCUUAGCAAGUGGUGACCUUGGUGAGGGCUGCCUCUUAACAGGAAUUGUCCAUUCCAGAACUUGGUCCUGCAAGGCCUGACAGCAGAAUCUCAUUCUGAUCCCCUAGGGGCUGUCCUUGGUUGUAGCCUUGAGGGUGGGUGCCACUUCAGGGUUUGCUUUCGUGCCCAAACCUGUUGGAGAACAGGGAAGCAGUGAGAUUAGGGCUAGCUUCCCCACGAUCUUUGUCAAGCACUGGUGUGUGAGGCCUCUGGCCUCCCUUGGAACCAAUGUUGAUGUGGAUCCCAGAAGCUGACAGGCAGCUGUGGGAGUGACUGUGCUGUGUGGGGCAGAGGGGAGAGGACUGGGUCUUGUGCAGUGAUUCUCGGGCCCUGUCCUGAGCAUGUGGCUAGAGUCACAUGCCCUGGUAGCCUUAGAAGCCACCAUCCAGGAUGAGGCCUAUUCAUUUGGCAACAUGUCCUCCGAAUCCUGAAGUGGAGCCCAUGGGCCCUGCAGGAUAGGCUUGCAGCACUGCCAGAGCCUACAGCCGCGGCUGCCCUCCAGUGUGCGGUGAGUGCCCCUCAACCCAACCAGAGGGGGGUCUAUCUCCAUGAGUGGGGUGACCACCUGGCUUCCGGCCUGCUCUAGGACAGUAAGGCUCUCCUUUCCCAUCAGAGCAGGGUGCAGUGUUCUCUCUGGCACAGGAAGAGAGACCAAGGGGUGAGAGAUGGGAGACCUGGGGGACAGAGCCAGACUGGCUUUCCCACAUGUGCAAAGGGACACCUGGGGGCCCUGUACCUUGGGCUUGGCCCCAGGAGCUCUGGGCAGGGCCAGCAGCUGGCCAUCGGCACUCACUCUCCGUCAGGGAGGAGGUCAGGGGCCAGCUCUGGAAGCUGUGGGGAAGGGGAGCCUCAGGGGAUUUUGCACCAGACCAGGUGGGUGCUAGGAUUUUCUGUUGCUGAGGGUCUCAAAGAUGGGAGUUACCCAUUCCCCUUGCAGUACAGGUUGGAGUCUCUGGAUCUUGGGCUUAAGAGGGCAGCAUUGGUGCCAGUCCUGGGGGCUCAGGAGUUGCACCUGCCCGCAUACCCUGUGUCCUACCUGAGUGAGGCUGCAGUGCUGGGCGCUUUCUCAGCACUGUGCUCCACAGGGAAGCGCAGAGGUCCAGUUCGGAGCUCCAGGCUCAGACUGUGGGCUGAGAGCACAGGGGACACGAUGGUCAGCCUGGCACAGAUGCUAGGCCUCCUGCAGACAGCACACUCCCUGCAGGGUCCUUCCUCUUUGCUGUUGUCUACAUGUUUGCGUCUCUGUUGAAAUCCUAACCCCAACGUGAGGGUGGUGGGAUUAGGGCAUGAGGGUGGAGCCCUGACAACACAGACCCCCACAGAGCAACAUCACCCCUUCAGCCCAGUGAGGACACACCACAAACAAGGACCCCCACCUAACCCACAAGACAAUUCUUACCGGACACCCAAUCGGCUGGCGCCUUGCUGUUGGACUUCCCAGCCUCCAGAACUGUGAGAAAUAAAUGGCUCUUGUCUGUAACCUA